AUGUCACUGCUCGGAAAGGACUUCAACAGUGAGCCCGGCUCCUUGGACGACAGGUCCAAGUCAUUCUCGGAGAGUAGGGGCAGCUUAGCUUCAGAGAACAUCCAUCCUGCUGAGGAAGCCAGUGGAUUAUCGAUCAUGCAAACGUUGAUCCAUUUAUUGAAAUGCAACAUUGGCACAGGGCUCCUGGGGCUUCCCCUGGCCAUGAAAAAUGCCGGCUUAUUGGUGGGUCCUAUUAGCCUGCUGGCCAUUGGGAUCCUCACUGUGCACUGCAUGGUCAUCCUGUUGAACUGCGCCCAUCAUCUCAGUCAGAGAUCGCAAAAGAUUUUUGUGAACUACGGAGAGGCCAUGAUGUACAGCCUGGAAACCUGCCCAAACGCCUGGCUGAGGACCCACUCGGUGUGGGGCAGGUACACUGUCAACUUCUUAUUAAUCACCACCCAACUGGGAUUCUGCAGCGUUUAUUUUAUGUUUAUGGCAGACAACUUACAACAGAUGGUGGAAGAAGCCCACAUGACCUCCAACAGCUGCCAGCCCAGGAAGAUCCUGGUGCUGACCCCCAUCCUGAACAUCCGCUUUUACAUGCUGACAAUCCUGCCCUUCCUGGUCCUGUUGGUGUUUAUCCAGAACCUCAGGAUGCUGUCCAUCUUUUCAACGCUGGCCAACGUCACCACCCUGGGAAGCAUGGCUCUGAUCUUUGAGUAUAUCAUACAGGAGAUUCCAGAUCCCAGCAGCCUCCCCUUGAUGACAAGCUGGAAGACCUUCUUGCUGUUCUUUGGUACAGCCAUCUUCACAUUUGAAGGCGUUGGUAUGGUUCUGCCUCUCAAAAAUCAGAUGAAGCAUCCACAACAGUUUUCUUUUGUUCUGUACUUGGGGAUGUCCCUUGUCAUCAUCCUCUACAUCUGCCUGGGAACACUGGGCUACAUGAAGUUUGGGUCCAACACCCAGGCCAGCAUCACCCUCAACUUGCCCAAUUGCUGGCUGUACCAGUCGGUCAAGCUGAUGUACUCCAUCGGCAUCUUCUUCACCUACGCCCUCCAGUUCCACGUCCCAGCCGAGAUCAUCAUCCCCUUCGUCAUCUCCCAGGGGUCAGAGAGCUGGACACUGUUUAUAGACCUGUCUGUCCGCACAGCCUUGGUCUGUCUGACUUGUGUCUCAGCCAUCCUCAUCCCCCGCCUGGACCUGGUCAUCUCCUUUGUGGGCUCCGUGAGCAGCAGUGCCCUGGCCCUCAUCAUCCCACCCCUCCUGGAGCUCAUCACCUUUUAUGCUGAAGACAUGAGCUAUGUCACCGUUGCAAAGGACAUCAUGAUCAGUAUCCUGGGCCUUUUGGGGUGUGUAUUUGGAACAUACCAAGCCCUCUAUGAGUUGAUCCAACCCAUCAACCAUUCCAUAGCCAACUCCACAGGUGUCUAUGCAUAA